ACCGAGUACACUCUAAUGAUAUCCAUUUUUAUUUCGUAAUCUUCCUUUCCUUGAGUGCAGAUUGAAAAUUUUUAUCGGGUGACUCUUUAUCACAGAGGAAACGUUUGCCAUGUCAGAAUUUGAACGUCGCUAUAUUCUGUUUAUAUCUCUUUGAUGAAACAUCGAUAAAGCGCGUUUAAAUACUUAAGUUGGAAAAGAAAGCAGGGUAAUUAUCUAGUAAAAUUUACUCUAUUUGACAGGGGAUUGAAAUAUUUUAUACGUAAAAGGAGGGGGAAAAUUACGAUUCCAUGUAACCGUAACAUGAUUAACGCUAAGGAGCUGAAAUGCGAUACUUCACAUGGGAAUAAAAACAAUAACAAAACAGUGUGCUGUCCUCCAAUUAGUUCUGUAUUAUGCGCAACGUUUGCAGAAGAGGUUUUAAACUUUUGCUGAGAAGAACGUUGAUUUUCCUGUUGGUGUUAUGUUUGGUUUAUGUUGGUUAUAACCAUGUGAUAUCAGAUGGAUAUUAUGCAGAACAGUGUCAAAUACAACGGCCAUUGGACGACACAUCAAUCAGAAAGUAUUUCUGGGUUCCCGGAAAUGUUAAGUGUCACUCCUGGUCAGAACUGGUUUACCUCAAUUCAUCCGGCUUCCUUCACUUCAACAAAUCUGCUGCUCCGUGGUCAUCACAAGAUCAAAAUUAUCUGCAAUGUAAAUAUUCUAUCGUAUACUUAUAUGGAAUCAACGAGGCUCGCUUUUACGAGUUCAAAAUUUCAUCAUUCCCAGUGCAAAUAGACCUCGACUUUAUUCACGUGUCGUGCAAUAUCAAUGGUACCACUGUUUAUGCUAACUUCCUAUACAAUGUAAAUCCAAAGGUAAAUAAAAGACAUUUGAUGCCAGAAUCAUCAGAACAGCCUAAUUUAUUUAUUUUUGGUUUCGAUUCUGUGUCACGUUAUCUCGCUGAAAAGAAAUUAAAGAAAACUUUACAUGUAUUGGAAAAAGACUUAAAAGCAUAUAGAUUUGAAGGAUAUGCCCGGGUGGGCGAAAACACUUUUCCAAAUCUACUGGCUGCCUUGACAGGGAAAACUACCCCAGAAGCUCUAUUUUCCCGGUCAGACAGUACUUUAUACUCCGAAGUACUGAAGCGUGGUUACAUUGACUGUCAUGCCGAAGAUUGGACCUCUUAUUACCCGCCUUUGAUAGUGUCUUAUCCAAAUUAUACUCACUAUCUUAGAACACUCUUUCUCGCAAGAGAGAUUCCGCAUCUGGACAUUUUGAAAAAGAGCAGUUCAUACAAAGAUCUUCAAAAUAGGAUUGACCCAAAAUGUUUCGGUAAUCAAUUACAGCAUAAGAUUGUUUUAGAUUACAGUAAGAAGUGUAUUGAGCAAUAUAAACAAGCAAGAAAGUUUGUCUACUUUUGGCAAAAUGAAAUAAGUCAUCAUCAGCCGAAUUUCCUCUCCCUAGCGGACGAGGACACAGCUGACCUGAUAGCAUGGAUGAGAGACAAUGGUCAUCUGGAAAAUUCUGUUCUGGUACUCUUUAGUGACCACGGGCCACGUUAUGGACCCAUUGCAAGACACGAACUUGGAAGAAUCACAAGAAAUCUACCCUUAUUAACCAUUUAUAUUCCGCCAAGUCUAAAACAAAAAUAUCCACGUAUUCACAAAAAUUUAUUCACAAAUAAAAUGCGUCUGACAACUCCUUUUGACCUUCACGAGACGUUCAAGGAUGUCCUAUUACAAAACUUCAAGAGGGAGACCUUUCCACCGUCAUCUGCAUUGCCAAGAGGAAUCAGUCUUUUCAAGGAAAUACCUAAAUUUAGAAGCUGUUACGACGCUUCAUUAUCAGAAAACUAUUGUCCCUGUUAUUCUUCAGCACCCUUAGAUGUCCACAGCCCAAUCGUACAGAAAUCGGCAGGAUUUGCAGUAAUUCAUAUAAAUUUAAAAUUAGUCAACUCUAAAUUACCAUGCACAAAUUUGAGGCUACAUUCAAUUCAUUCUGCCAAAGUUCAGAGAAUUCCACAGAAAAAAUAUUCCACGGACGAAGUUCAACUGAUUGUUAUUUUUGAGACCAUUCCGGGACGUGCAAUAUUCCAAGCAACAGUCAAGACCUUUUCACAAAGUGUAGAAAGUAUGAAAAUUAUAGGAGAUAUAGAAAGAGUGAAUACUUACGGUAAUCAGUCUAGAUGUGUUCCGAUCGGACCAUUGACUGAGCAAUACCGUCUAUACUGCCAUUGUAAAUGAUUAUUAUUUUAACUUAAGAAAUUUCAAAAUUAACAAUAUUGAUUUCAAUAAUGACAUCCGCCAAUAGUAAUGCUUGUGCAUUUUCUGGUGAAUGUUUGAAGUAUAAAUCUAAAUUUAU